AUGGCGGAAAUGGGUGACGUGGAUUUGAAGCACGAUCGAUCCAAUCCUUACGCUCCUCCGCCACCAAAUCCUAUCCACCGUAUGCCGCCAGCCGAAACCCCUCCGUUACACAGCUAUCCUCCUCCGGCUCUGCCUCCACCUCCAGGGUCAGCGAUGCCACCGCCAGCCCCGGCAUGGAAUCCAACGCCUUCGCCUUACAGUGACCACUCUGACCAUCGCCCACCUCCUCCAGACAUCUCGCACCCGCCGUCGUCGUAUCCAGCUCCGCCUCAAUCGUAUCCGCCGCCUCCACCACCACCACCUCCUCCUCCUCCUCCCGGGCGGGAGACGCCAGGUUAUCCUCCCGAUCCAGGACCUUACGGACGCCCAGGAAGCGUGUCAGGGCCAUCGAGAUCGCCCGCCGAAGUUCAUCAUCCCCAGUAUCACCCUGUGAAUAGCCAGCCCCACGAGCCUCCAUACUAUUCGCCGAGCCCUGUUGACUAUAGACCGCGUCAUGCGUAUUCGGGCCCCGAGAACCAGCCCAACGGAACUCACCCGGCGCCGCUUCACGUCGUGACAGGCCAUGAAAUGAUGCCGGGUCAGCCUGCUGGGCCACCGCCGCAGUACGGGCCACCCUCCGCGGGACCGCCUCCCCAGCCGCCAGCCGGCUAUUAUUACGACGCCUACAGCGCAGCCCAAAGACGCAAACCUGUUCGAGCAGCACAGGCAUGCGAUUCCUGCCGCCAACGGAAGGCGAAGUGUGACGAAGGGAGGCCGGAAUGUCAACACUGCAAGGAAAACGGCUUGAAGUGCUCCUACCGAGAAAUUCCUCCUCAAAAGUCGGAGAAACAAGUCCUCGCCAUCACCACCCAGUUGGAGAAUUUGAGCGAGGAUAUGAAGAAGUUGGUCGAGAACUCCAAGGCCCAGGAUGAAAAGAUAAAUCUGUUGCUCGCAGCCCUGGACAAAGUCCGUGCGGUCCAAGCGGCGGGAGGAGGAGGGGCGGAGACGCCCGAAAAGCAGAGACCCAGGUUCACCCAAGUCCAAGCACCCACCAGAGUGGCCAUCCCGAACGAGCCUACCUCGUUCGUCUUCGGCCGCCAAAGGGAAAAGAGUGUUGAAGGGAUGUCCAUGUCGCGAGUUCCCAGCCAGGCCUUAAGACCUGAGCUCAAAAGCCACGUUUCCAAUGCCGAUACGGAUUCCAUGGACUUUUCCAUGCCCCCCAAGCACACGACGGCGGCUCAAAAUUUGCUCUUUUGGCCAGCGAUCAAUGCUCUCGUUCCUGAUGGCAUUACACCUUCCUUUGUCAUGGACGAGGAGACAAGUCGGGGCCUAUUACGCCUGUACGGCUCCGGCGAGGGCGAUGGCAAAGGCGACGGCCGUGAGAGUGCGUCAAGUCCGGCGGGCAGUUCUUCGUCAGAUGGGCGGCGCAUAGAUGAUGAAAUAUCAUCGUCACCGUACGGCGUCUGGGGCAGUGGCCAGAUCCCUCAGCCACCGGCAUCGAGUCCUCAUGGCGGGUUCAUGAUUGAUUCCGAGGCAGUGGAUCGCUAUUUCAAGAGCUAUUUAGACAACAUCCACAUUCUUCACCCCUUUCUCCACCCGAGGGCCUUGCGCAACAUGAUCCAGUCCUUCAAGCGAAAGUACAGCUGGAACUCGCGGGCCGCGCAGCCAGUGGCCACGGCCAUAGGCACCAAACGAAAGCGGGAGAAUACCGACUCGCCCACUUCCAUGGAGGAACUCAACACCCAAGGCAGCUUCGCUAAUCGCACUUCCACGCGAGUGCCGGUUCAGUCCAGUCCGCCGCAAAUCGAGCAUUCGAUGGACAAUGCCGUUGUGCUACUUGUCAUGGCCCUGGGGAAGAUCACAGCACAUCGCGAUCCCUUGCCCGGACCGGCACCGACGACCAGUGUGCGGACUUCAACACCAUACAACAACACGCUGUACUCGGAUCUACCCUUGCCACCUGUGCCCAUGUCGGCUCCUACCUCUCCGUUCAAUACUCAAACAAAUCUCAAUGGAAUAAGCGGUGACCGAUAUCUCAGCCCCGCCAAUCCACGGGCCAAAAACAUGGACACCAUGCCUGGACUGGCGUAUUUUGCCAAAGCCACUGUCAUUCUGGGGGAGCAACCGGGGGGCCAUGAUCUCUCACACAUCCAAGCCUAUCUCUUGGCCGGGUUGUACAUGGGACAGCUGGCGCGCAUCAUUCCCAGUUACUCCUACAUCAAUCAAGCUUGCGUGGCAAUUCAGAUUGUCAUCGAGUCGCCGCCGUACUUGUUGUCGACGAUGAAUCCUGUCCGCCGUAACUUGAUCAACUUUGCCUUCUGGUCAUGUUUGCAGCUGGAGAGCGACAUUGCAGCGGAGAUGCAGCUCCCCCUAAGUGGCAUCACACGAUAUGAAAGCUCUCACCACAAGGAAAUGCCCACCGAUCUCACCCUGGAACCGAUUCCCGAAACCAACACCUCGGAGGAUAUCUUGCGCUAUUACUCGUACCAGAUUCAGCUACGGUUGACCAUGAAUAGCAUCCAUUCGACGUUGUACCGCGCAUCGAAAGACCCGCAGUCGAAACCAAGCGCCACCAUCAUGGCGAUUCUGGACGAGAAUCUGGAAGACUGGCGAAAGAUGCUGAAUGAUUGGGAUUGGGAUGACCAGGACCACGAGAGCCCCAACAUCAAUGUUGCGCGGAUGCGAGGCAAAUACUAUGGAGCCAAAUACAUCAUCUGGAGGCCGGCGGUGCAGUAUGCUCUUCAACAAGCAGAGGGAAUGCAACGAGACCGGCCGCUGGAGUCGCCUGCCAGUUACGGCCUGGGGAGUGAGUUUGCCUCACCUUCGGGUUUACCGCGGCCUCCUGCUCAGGGGUGGUCGAUCAAUGAUCGAAGUGUGGAAAUCGACGACCUGCUGCGUGGCGCCAAACUGUGCAUCCAGGCCGCCAUUCGUAGCACGACGGUUUUUGACAAAGUGCCCCGCCGCCUAGUUGUUACCAACAUUUUCGGGACGGCUCAUGCACAAUUCGGGAACAUGCUGGUGCUCUAUGCCACAUAUACCUCACCGCACCCGCGAUUGCACGCCUUGGUGGAUGCGGCCACUCUCAAACGAUUACACAACCGCACAGUUAGCAUCCUACGAGAGAAUGAGAGCAUCUCACCCAUUCUGGCCAAAGACUUGAAGAUUCUGGAGCACGUUCGAAGCAAAGUGUUCCCCUCUCAGACCCAACCGUCGCAAAUGCCGCCUAGCACCUCUUCAAGUUUUUCUAGCCGAUGA